AUGAAGUACGAACGUCUUGCCUCGCUGGGCUUUGCUGCCCUGGGUGCCCUUUCCUCUGUGACUGCCCGGCCUAUUGCGACCCCCGACGACGACGAGUGGGAUUGUGGCGACGAUGAUGUUGCUGUCAGCACGCACUAUGCGACACCCACUUCCACCGUUGAGGCUGUGACGGUCAACACCCAAGCUGCCACUACUGCUGCCCCUGCCCAGGUUUCUGUUGCCUCCGUUGAGGAGCAGAAGCCAUCCACCACUAGCACUAGCACCACCGCCGCCAGCGUUGCCACUACUGCAGCUGCCCAGGUCUCCGUCGCCUCCGUCGAGGAGAAGAAGGCUACUUCCUCUUCCACUAGCACCACUGCCGCCAGCGCUGCCACCUCUUCUGCGUCGUCCUCUUCCUCUUCCUCCAGCAGCUCCAGCAGCACCAGCAGCAGCCUGAGCUCCGAGUUCUCCGGCGAAGCCACCUUCUACGGCGGCAAUGUCGACGGCGGCGCCUGCUCCUUCAGCGGCUACACCAUCCCCUCCGGCCUGUACGGUACAGCACUGGGCUCUCCCCGCUGGGACGACGCGGCCCAGUGCGGCUCCUGUGUCCAGGUCACGGGCCCCAGCGGCAACAAGAUCAAGGCCAUGAUCGUGGAUGAAUGCCCCGAAUGCGACUCCAACCACCUGGACCUCUUCCAAACGGCCUUCGCCGAGCUCGCCGACAUCUCCAAGGGCGUCAUCUCCAUCGACUGGGAGUACGUCGACUGCGGCAUCACCACCCCGAUCAAGCUGAACAACAAGAGCGGCACCUCCGCCUACUGGUUCGCCAUGCAGGUCGAGAACAGCAACGAGCCCGUCACCAGCCUAGAGGUCAGCACCGACGGCGGCAGCACCUGGCAGUCCACCACCCGCUCCACCUACAACUACUUCGAGAACGCCAGCGGGUUCGGCACCGACACCGUCGAUGUGCGCGUCACCGGCCAGUCCGGCGCAACCAUCACCGUCAACAACGUCAGCGUGUCGUCGGGAUCGUCCGUCACGGCCUCGUCUAACUUUUCUUAACCCUAAGAAAGCGGUGGGUGAUGUGAUGUGAUGACUGCCUUAAGACACAGGGAUUCGACGUCACGCCGUACCUUUUGACUCUUUUUUUACACUUCUUCAAGUUGACUUCCUUAGAGAGGUUGCCUUUAGCGCUUGUCUGCCCUCUCGCAUGAGCAAUGGUAGACAGCGCGGUAUAUCAAUUUUGAGCUAUAUUCUUCUCUUGUACAUAUUGACCAGACCAUUUCAAAAAGAACUUUCUCUAUACUUUG